AUGGGACCAGCUCAAUGCUUUCCUCUUUGCUUAUCCGCUCGUGUUAUACAAACCCCUUUCCAUACAUUCCUUGUUCGCAGAUCAAGAACUUUAAGACAUCUCAAAGACCUCGCUGUCAUCAAGUCCACUUUCAACUCGCUCAAAUCCUCGCUUUCCAUUGAGACCCACUUCGAUUGGGUUGCUCUUUCUCACAAAGCAAUGGAUUUGCUUCUCAAGCUUGACACUAUUCAGGGUGGAGACCCAAUGAUUCGGGAAGGGAAGAGGUCGAUUAGCAGAGAUUUCUUGGAGUUCAUGGAUUAAGUUUCAGUAAAAAGGCAUGGGCUUCGGGAGGGAAUCGCUAGGGAGAUGGGAGUUGAAGGGCUUCGACUCGGGAUGCACUUUGUUUCACAGAUGAGGGAUCUUCGUCGAGCUAGGGAACAAGAGGGAAUGGAGUGA